AUGUCCCAAUACACCCACAUCAUCAACGGCAAGCCCGUCACUUCCCAGACUACCCUCGAUGUCCAAAACCCUGCUACUCAGAAGAAAAUAGCUGAAGUCCCUGUCGCGUCCAAGGAGCAGGCAAGUACACGUGGUCUCGACGAGGCCGUUGCUGCCGCCCGCGCUGCCCUUCCGUCAUGGUCUGCCAAGUCUCAGGACGAACGCGCACAAGUUCUCGAGCAGAUUGCUGGAACUAUCGAGAAGAAUAUCCCCGAGUACAAGCAAAUUCUAGUCUCCGAACAAGGCAAGACCUUGGCCAACGCCGAAUGGGAACUCGGCGGCGCUAUCCUUUGGCUACGUGAAACCGCCAAGCUCCGCUUGCCCGAAAAGGUCAUCGUUGACAAUGAGCAAACGAGGAUUACUGAACGUCGUGUACCGAUCGGGGUGUGUGCAGGAAUCAUCCCAUGGAACUUCCCAUUGGCGCUUUGCAUCUGGAAAUUGGGCCCCGCUCUCUUGGCUGGAAAUACCCUCGUGCUCAAGCCUUCGCCUUUCACUCCUCUUACCACUCUUCGAUUCGUCAAGGACAUCCAAGCGGUUGUCCCUGCAGGCGUUGUUAACAUCUUGAGUGGCGAUGACAACCUCGGACCUUGGAUCACUUCUCACCCAGGCAUCGACAAGGUCAGCUUCACUGGGUCAAGCGAGACUGGAAAGAAGGUUAUGGCAAGUGCGAGCACCAGUCUGAAGCGACUCACCCUUGAGCUCGGCGGAAACGAUCCUGCUAUCAUCCUACCCGAUGUAGAUGUCGCAAAAGUCGUACCGGAUGUGUUCUGGGCAGCACUCUUUAACAAUGGCCAAACAUGCUCCGCUGCGAAGCGUUUGUACGUGCAUGAAAAGAUCUACGAUCAGUUCCGCGAAGAACUUGCAAAAUUCGCCAAGACCGUCAAGACCGGCAAUGGUGCAGACCCCGAGUCUCAGCUCGGCCCUGUUCAAAACCUCAUGCAGUAUAAGAAGGUACUCUCAUUCUUUGAAGACGUCAAGGCGAACGGCUACAAGUUCCUGACUGGCGGAGACGUAAACCCGAACCCAACCGAUGGAUUGUUCAUCCCUGUCUCAUUCGUCGACAAUCCCCCCGAAGAAUCGAAGAUCGUACGUGAGGAGCCAUUCGGGCCUAUCGUACCUCUAUUGAAAUGGAGUGACGAAGCUGAUGUCAUUAAGCGUGCUAAUGACACUAACCUCGGUUUGUCCGCUUCUGUCUGGGGUAAGGACUUGGAGGCCGUUGAGAGGAUUGCCAAGCAGAUCCAGGCUGGAACUGUCUGUAUGAACGAACUCGGCCCUGCUACACCAUUCUCCGCAUUUGGUGGACACAAGGAGUCCGGUAUCGGUGUCGAGAACGGCAUGAACGGAUUGCUCACUUACUCGAACAUCCAGACCUUUACGCUCAAGAAGCAGGUUGCGUUUGCUUAA